CUUGUUGCCCAACACUGGCAGCUCUGUCAUCUGUGUGAAAAAAAAUAGCAAGAGCAAGAGCUAAAAACCAUGUUGCGUAUUACUGCCGGUAAAUUCGCCUCCGCCAUGCGCGGCACCGUUGGAGUUCCAUCCUCGCGUGUCGCCGCCGUGCGUUGCUUGCACGGCACCGAGGAAUCUGCCGAGGAGUUCGAUAAGCGUUACGAGAAAUACUUUGCUCGCGAGGGCAUCGAUGGCUGGGAGGUGCGCAAGGGCAUGAACGACUUGCUCGGCAUGGAUCUGGUGCCCAGCCCAAAGGUGAUCGAGUCCGGUCUGCGUGCCUGCCGUCGCGUGAACGACAUUUCCCUGGCUAUCAGGUGGCUGGAGGGCUGCAAGGACAAGUGCGGUGACCAGAAGGCUACCCUGUACCCCUACUUGUUGGAGAAGAUCUCACCAACCCUGAAGGAGCUGGGUGUACCGACCAUUGAGGAAUUGGGCUACGACAAGCCCGAAUUGGCCCUGAAGUCCGUAUUCGAUAUCUAAAGCGUUUACUUUUCCUUUAGUUUAAUUAACACAUACAUACAAGAAACACACACACAAAGAAAUCCCAUGUACUUGGUGCGGAUGAACAUGUUAUUGGAUUGCAAAUAAAAGGAGAUUGGAGUAAGGCUACUACACAAAGAA